CUGAAGAAAGAAGACAAAGUCUUUUGUGUUCCUCUCACAUGCCAAAGGAGAAAGGGAAAUGGCUCAGCAGAGAGGGAAGUGAUGGCAGACUCCGAACCUCCUCUGGAACUGGACAAUGUGGAAACCUCCUUAGAACUAAAUGCUAGGGAUGCAGGAACUUCCUUGGAGCUUGAUGGGGAAGAUCCCCUUGGGAUGCUAUACAUGGAUCCCUUCAACGUCCCAUUCUCACAAGAGGCAGGGAUCACACAUUCCCCAGUGGAGCUACAGGAAGCCAUGGCAGACCAGGAAUUGUAUGCAACAGAGCCUGAGCAGAUGAGCAUGGAGGAUCUUGGAGAGCGUUUUCAGGAGUGCAUUGAAGCGGUGGAACAGCUAGAGAGGGAGAGGGACCAUCUCAUCCAGGAACUCAUGCUCCUACGAGAACCAGCGCUGGAGGAAAUUAAAAAAGCCCAUGAAGAGAUCCUUGAAGCCUACCGGCUGCAUGCAAAAGUCGAGCUCGAAAGGGGCAGCUUGAGGGAUGAGAUUCGGCAAGUGAAACGGAAGCUGUUCAGGGUGACGCGGGAAUGCGUGGCGUGCCAGUACCAGCUGGAGACCAGGAGGCACGAUGUGGCCCAGAAUGCCGUCUACCGGGAAGAACUGGAAAGCAGGGUCAGCCAGCUCUCAGAAGAGCUGUCACAGUUGAGAGAGACUUGUGAGAAGGAGAAGGAACAAUUCAGGCAACAUUUGAGGGCUCCUCGGCGCCGGAGGGACAGCUGCUACCUUCAGGAGAGCCGGCGGCUGUCCAUGCAGUUUGAAAGCUUUGUGUCAGAGAGCCGUCAGGGCCUGGAAGAACAUUAUGAGCCGAAACUGAUGCGCCUUUUGGAAAGGAGAGACGCCAGUAGUAAGACUUUGCGAAAGACGCAGGGCGAGAUCCAUAGACUAAAGGAAACCCUGAGACCGCUGCUGGGAGACGUUAGCAAGCUACAGCUGCAGAACAGAAAUCUGGAGGAACAGAUUUUGCUCAUUAAACAAAAACGGGAUGAAGAUGUUCUCCAGUACAAGGAACAGGUAGAAGAAAUGGAAGAAAGGUUGAGAGAACUGAAGAAUGAAGUACAGCUUCAGCAGCAAAAGAACAAAGAAUUGGAAGAGCUGAAGGCCAGCUUGCAUCAGGAGCUAUCCAUUUACAAAGACUGCUUAGAAAUCUAUGGACAACUCUGCAAGUCAGAAGCAAAGCAAGACCAAGAUUGAAUCAUGGAUUCAGAAUCAUGGAUGUCCUUCUCCUUUCUUAUAAAUGCAAUCUUCUUUGUGGAAACAAAAGAAACUCUCUCUCCAUCUAACUACAAUAUAGUAGCCAAUGGGCCAGACUUUUAAGAUGACAGAUUGCAUUUUUCUGAAGUCGCAAUUGAUCUUCUGAAAUCUGGUAUUUACACUGGACGGACGUCACAUCAACAGAACACCGGACAUGCAU